AUGUUCGCAAAGAAGCGGUCCGCAGUCCACCAGGUUCGAGGGAACGCGGCGAAGCGCAACAGCGGCGUCACACGCAAUGACAUUGGAUGUGGCACUCUCGGCUGCACGCUCUGCACAGCGGCCGUCUGCAGCGGGCGUGGGGCGUGUAUCGCCCCCACCGCGCCCAUCAUGAUUCCCGAUACUAACAUUGUGCUGCACAACAUGAACGCCCUCGAGGAUUCACGGGUGCAAAACAUCUUGUUCCUAUCGACUGUUGUGUCAGAAGUGCAGAACCGCAACAAGGCCAUCUACCUACGGCUGCAACGCCUUCUGGGUGAUGAGCGAAAGCAAUGUUAUGUCUUCUCUAAUGAUCGAUACGAGCAAACGCACUGCAUGGUGGAGCGAGACGAGAGUCCAAAUGACUUCAACGACCGCUGCAUUCGUGUCGCGGCUCGCUGGUACGCUCAGCACCUGGCCCUUGCCUUUCCGACGGCGGCACCAUCCGUGCUUCUUGUGUCGCAUGACAAGUUGCUGCGACAGGCGCUCACGACCAGCACGACGGAGGAGGAAGUCACGCUGAAUCUUGCAUGCGUCACACUGCGUCACUUUCUUGAGCAGACCGUCACCGCCGGCUCUGACCUGCUGGAGAAGAUACAGUACGAGCAGCCGGCUGGCAUGAAAGAGUCGCCCACAACGGGCAGCCUCUUCACUCCCCAUCUGGCCCUGGGUGUGGUGGAGAUGGGCAUCCAAGCUGGCACCUACCUUCGUGGCAAGUUGCGCGUUAGUGAGGCAAACUGUUUCUUUGGUGAGAUUCGUGGAAAAUGGGAGAAUCACCGCUUUGAGCGCGUGCUUCUUCCUGGGCGUGUCAACCUCAACCGCGCAAUUCACGAUGAUAUUGUGGCAGUUGAGUUGCUGCCUAUUUCAUCAUGGCGUGGCCCCAAAAACGCGCCGCCGCUCGAUGACAGCCGUAUGACAGAAGCGGCAGCGCUGGAGUCCGGCUACGCACCGGUGGGGCGAGUUGUUAGCAUCCUCAGCAUGCAGCGCCGUCCAUUCUGUGGCAGCAUUGAUGUUGAGGAACUUAAGCGGCUCGCCGCAUCGCCAGGGUCUGCGGUGGGUGUUGUCAGUGUGUUGUUCCAGCCUAAAGAUAACCGUAUUCCGCGUAUCCGCAUCUCCACGAAGCAUGUGGGUGACCUCAAGGACAAGCGGCUGAGUGUCAUCAUCGACGACUGGCAGGAGUACAGCAGCUUCCCUGUGGGUCACUACGUGGAGGUACUUGGCACUAUUGGUGACAAGGACACCGAGGCAAAGGUGAUCCUGCUUGAGAACGACAUUCCGCAUUACGACUUCAGUGAUGCGGUGUAUGACUGCUUGCCGAAGGGAGAGUGGAGUGUGUCAGAGGAGGAGCUGCAGCGCCGGUUGGAUCUGCGAGAUCUGUGCGUUGUGAGCGUGGAUCCGCUUGGCUGCCGCGACAUUGACGACGCGCUGCAUUGCCGUGUUGUGAACGGCAACCACCUCGAGGUUGGUGUUCACAUUGCCGAUGUCACACACUUCCUCCAUGAGCAUGCCGCGAUGGAUGAGGAGGCGGCAAAACGCAGCACAAGUGUGUACCUUGUCGAUAGGCGCAUCAACAUGCUGCCGCAGCUGCUCACAGAGAAUCUCUGCUCUAUUGUGGCCAACGAGGACCGCUACGCCUUCACCAUCAUGUGGGAAUUCGAUGAGAACCUCAACGUGGUGCGGGACUAUUUUGGCAAAACGGUGAUUCGCUCCCGUGCUGCACUCUACUACGGUGAUGCGCAGCGCAUGAUUGACGACCCUGAUGACACCAGUGAGAUUGCGGUGUCGCUGCGCCACUUGAUGCGCCUCAGUCGACACUUCAAGGCGGUGCGGGAGAAGGACGGUGCGCUCUUCCUCGCCUCACAGGAGUUUAAGUUCAAGGUGGACAACGACCAUGUCAAUCCCACCGACAUGCAGGCGUACCAGACAUUCGAGGCGAACUCCAUGAUUGAGGAGUGGAUGCUCUUCGCCAACGCCGCGGCAGCACGCAAGGUGUACGCAAGUUACCCACGGUGGACACUGCUUCGCCGGCACCAGGCCCCUGCAGAGAAUGCCUUUGACGCGCUGAAUGAGGCACUCCAGCGCAAGAUUGGAGUGCGCCUCGACGAUGCAUCGUCGCUGGCGUUGAACAACUCGCUCAGUCUCUGCGUUGACAAUGAUGAUGCGUACUUUAAUAACCUCAUCCGCAUUCUCGUUACACGGUGUCUGCGGCAGGCACAGUACUUCUCCAGUAGCGAGGUUUCACAGGAUGAGUUUCAACACUUCGGUCUCGCCAUGCCAAUCUACACGCACUUCACCUCACCUAUUCGCCGCUACGCGGACGUGAUUGUACACAGGCAGCUCGCUGCGGCGCUCGGUAUCAUGGAGGUCAGUGAGACUCACAUGGACGCCUCCAAGAUGGAGGCGCUUGCGGCAAACAUCAACUACCGCCACGAGCAGGCACAGCGGGCAGGGCGCGACUCGCAGAAUCUCUUCACUGGAUUCUACCUGCGAAACUUCGCCAACCAGAGCAUACCACCCGAGGACGGCUACGUUGUGAAGCUCUCCGAGACGCAUGUGUUUGUACUCGUUCCAAAGUACGGGCAGGAGAGUAAGAUCCCGAAGGAGCAACUGAAGUGCGUGCCAAACCUACUCGAUAAGGUUCAGGUGGGGAUUGAAGUGCGGCAGCGCGGCGAUGUGCUUCGGACAACUCUCGUUUUUUCACUGAUUGGGCUGAUGAAGGAGCCUGAGAACGGCGGAGGGCAACUGGCGGAAGAGGCUGGGCACGAGGUGGAAGGAGCGAAGGAGGAAGCGGAACCUUUACGCAAGAAGCCUCGGGUGGGGGAGGAGAACAGCAAAACAAACGCUGGCAGCGACAACGAGUAA